UUUUUGCUUUUCUGUGAGUUCAAAGCGUGUUUCUCUGUAAAAAUUUGCUGGUAACGUUACAUUUGCAAUAAACCUGAUGAACUCAUAAAACAUGAUCCAUACCAGUAAACCUAAAAUGCUACCUACACAUUGAUGCAUGACUGAGUAAUUAUAAUCUAAAUAUCUAAUAUCAUAUAUAACAGUGUACGUUUUCUGCAUUAUGUGACAAGUAAUGCAUUACUUUUUACUGGUAAUUAUGUGUUUUUAUAUUGCAGUAUUGCUUCUUUUACUCAAGGAUCUGAAUGCUUCCUCCACACAUCAAUAAAUACAUAUUUAAAUUAAAUAAAUAAAUGUAUUUCUCACAUAACCCGGUGUCUAACCAUACAGAUAAUUGUCUUUUGUGUUGAGGCUUUUAGCCAACAUUAGUUGAUACGGUGGUGUAUGGAAAUUUGUUUGUAGUGCCCACAUCACUGCCAAAUUGCAUUUUAGAAACAAAAUAGCAACAUAUAUUUUAGAAACAAUAAUGUCCCAGUCACUUGUUUUAUUUGUGCAUUUUUUUUCUUGUCUGUCUCUCCGUCCCCUUCUCCUUUCUGAUUGUCACCUGCCUGUUUUCCCUGUUUACCCACUUCCUCUCUGCACCUCUGUUUGACCUCCCUAUAGUGUAUCUGUGCUUGAACGUCGUCAUGACUGACUUUGAGGGACAGGAGGAGCAGCUGCCCUACCCGACCCUGGCCCCUGUAAUUUUCCACUGCUUAAAACAGACCACAAGACUCCGUAACUGGUGUCUGCAAGUGGCCUAUAGCCCAUGGUUGGAUUAUUUGUCUGUAGCGAUGAUCCUCUUCAGCUGUGUGAAUAUGCCCGGUGACAUGAAGAGCACCGUGCAAGAGAUAGUGGAUGCCUUGAUCUUUGUCUACUUUGUUGUGGAAAUGCUCAUCAAGAUGAUGGCCCUGGGAGUCUUUGGCUAUAAAGGGAGUUACUUUAGCAACAACUGGUACAAGCUGGACUUCAUCAUCAACUGUGGAGAGAUGUUGGAUUAUAUUUUUGAAACCUUCUUGCAAUUCUGUCAAGUGCUCUCUCCGUUGCGACUCAUCAGCAGAGUACCAAGUAAGUCGACAUUUCAACAUUUUGCAUUGGUCCUCAAAACUUAUUUUUCAGUGUUUCCAAACGUACUACCUACAGUAAGUGCAAUAUGUAGUCAUUUUAAUAUUGAUAAUUAUAUGUAUAAUUCCCUCGAAGCACUGGCAGACACAAGUGGUUUUCUUGCUACGGGUUUAUUUGAAGCUUCUUCUCCAAAUCCACCGUGAAAACUCGUUGGCUGCAUGCUGUACACAAGGGAAUUGAGGUUUCCUUAGAUCGCUGACAUCCGCUUUAACAAUCUUAAAACUUUAUCGGAGCAUUAAAUUGCUGCUUCGCUUGCUGUUAGCUCGCCGACUCUCAC